AUGUCCUUCUUCCAAACGCCAAGUGAUGUCGAAACUCGUUUGUGUACAGCAGUUGAUGCGGCUAUUCGAGCGGAAAAUGCCCAACAACUACAAUCGAUUGUACUUUUAGAACCUCCAUUCCCAGCCGACCACCAGGAAUUGAUCAUAUCACUACAAAGGAACUACCCCGCAAACGACCCCAGGUCGGAGGACAGACUGAAGAAUCUUGUCAAAAGAGUCGUGACAGAGACAAGUGAAUCGCAGGACGCUGAAGGACGGCCCAUCUCAGAAUGGACUGCCAUGAUUACUUUCUUAGUCGGGUGGAUGGUCACUCUAAGAGAUAUGGAUGUUGACAAUCUCGUACUUUUAUUUCAGCAAUUAAGUGAUAUUCUCCAACGCGGGGAUCGGGCACUAGCUCAUCCAACAAAAGGAAUUUUGAUGCUACCGACCAUCAUCAGCUAUGCUCAUAUCUUUGCACGAGUUGCAGUCGGAUUGGAUAAGCAACCAGAGCUAAUAGCGCAUUUGAUCGCCAACUCGGUAGAUGAGGAAGGCCAACGAGAGUCUCUCCCCGAGAAAGCAGCCAACAUCCUGAGACAAGCAUUCACUACAUGCUUAAAUGACAAGAAUGUAGCCCCACGAGGUAUCAAGGACGGUAAACCCGACGGGAAAAAGGUUGGGAUAUACAAGAUGGCGAACAUCUGCCUGAAGAUCCUCCUACAAGCCGACAAGCCCGAGAAUUGCGACUUCAUCUUCAACUUGAUAUCAAAAGGCUCACCACCAGUUGAUAUUUAUCCUGCUGCAGAUCGGGUCACUUAUCUUUACUAUCUUGGGCGGUGCCACUUCGCCAGCGGAAACUUCUAUGGAGCGCAACUCGUCCUGGCCAAGGCUUACGAAGAGUGCCACUGCGAUAAUGCUUUCAUUCAGCAGCGACGGAAGAUUCUCGUCUACCUAGUUGGCGCCAACAUCAUCCUUGGUCGCUUCCCAGCAGACGUUUUGUACGAAAAACCAGAAGCUAGAGGCUUUCGCGAGAUCUUCCGACCCAUUACCAAGGCCAUACGGCAGGGCGACCUAGAAACCUUUCGCCGCAUCACCAGUCUCGACCUCACACAUCCCAGCUGUGACUUUCUCAUGCACUAUCGCAUGUUCUACCAGAUUGGUAAUUACUGCGAAGUCCUCGUCUGGCGAUCCCUCAUCCGCCGCGUAUACCUCUUGACGGGCGCGCAAGGUGCAGGGAUGCAAGCCGCCGCCGUAGUCGACCUCAACCACCUAUUGCGAAUCUUCCGCUUCCUAGAGGCCCGCGCGAGAAUCAAGAAUCCUGCACUCGCUGCCUCCGAUCUAGGCCCCGGGCGCAGGGACAUGGGCCAUCUUUUCAAUGACUACGCCAGCACCACCAAAUCUACCUAUGUCGACCCAGAUUUUGUAGGCAUGGAGGACGUCGAGCCGUGGAAUGAUGAGAUGGAUAUCCUGGAAGUGGAAAGUAUAUGUGGGAGUCUAAUUACGCAAGGCUAUUUGAAUGCUUAUAUCAGUCAGAGAGCGGAGAAGUUGGCCAUCUCUGGGGCUAGAAGACCCCAGGAUGGUGGGGCGUUGAGGGUGGGGUUCCCGAGUCCUUGGUCGGUGAUUAAGAGCCGGAACAGUGAGGACGUGCUGGGGUGGGUCAAGGAAUUUGGGCCGAUGAGGCAGGGGGAGAUUGUUCGGCUUUCGGGUGCAAGAGCGGCGGGGGAGUAG